AUGAAGACAAUUUUGCGUGGAUUCAUUCUCAAGGAAUAUCUGUCAUUUCGCACGCUCAUCUCAAAGAUGAUCGGUCUCACUCUCUCACUUGGAAGUGGACUUCCAUUAGGGAAAGAGGGACCUUUCGUGCACGUUGCUUCGGCAUUGGCCAGCCAAGUGUCGCGAUUCGUGACCGGUGUGCAAGGAGCAUACGAGAACGAGUCGAUGUCCCAUGAACUGCUCGCUGCUGGCUCCGCGGUCGGCGUCGCCUGUACGUUCAGCACUCCCAUUGGAGGUAUGAUUGCUUAA